AUGUUUUCGUACUGCAGGUUCAUUGGCUUCGCCAUUAACAAAAAUCUUCAGCAAUCCGCAGUUAGGGUUCAUGUCUAUCCCUCUAACUUCUUUUCCUCUCUACCCGCACAUCCUAAUCACAAGGAUUCGAAUUUGGUUGAUGAUAUCAGGCCAACCGGAUCGGAAUCGGGAUCGGGAUCGGAAACUGGUGCAGAUGAUCGUGUAAACGUUGUGAGAUCAACUGCAACUCCGUCAUCUUCUACCUCUGAAAGAAGGGAGAACAAGAGUUUCGUGGCGGAGACGGCGAAGCAAGGAGUUGCGAAAGCUUUGGAAACGGGAUUGGAAAUCGGAGAAAUGGCUAAAAAGACAUUGGAUAAUAUGUGGGAUAUUACGAAGGAUACUACUAAUAUGGUGAAGGAGGCGGUGACCAGCGACCCGGAGGAGAAAAAUGAUGUUCCGCCAACCGAUCGAUUUGUUGAUGAUCUGAGGAAACGCGCCGACGGUUAUGAUUUGAAGAAGAAAGGUUAA